AUGGCCACCGAGUCGACGGCGCUGCUGGCGCCGCACGCGCUCGCGUACCGCCCCGACAUUGACGGCCUCCGGUGCGUGGCCGUGCUGCCCGUCGUGCUCUACCACGCGUACCCGACGCUGGUGCCCGGGGGCUUUACGGGCGUCGACGUCUUCUUUGUCAUCUCCGGCUUUCUCAUUUCCAGCAUUCUCUUUAAGGACCUAUCGCGCGGCGCGUUUAGCUACCAGAAUUUCUACGCACGCCGCAUCCGCCGCAUCUUUCCGAGCUUGCUCGUCGUCCUGGCCGUCGUGCUCGGCCUCGGCGUCGCCUGGUACCUCACGCCGGCGCUGCGGGACAUGGCCGAGACGCUGUACGCAGGCGCAAUCUUUGGCGCCAACAUCCAAGUCCUCUCGCGGAACCAAGGCUACUUUGACGCGAGCACGAAGGAGAACCCGCUCUUGCAUCUCUGGUCGCUCGGCGUCGAAGAGCAGUUUUACAUGGUCUGGCCGUGUGUCACCGCCGCCAUUCUGGCGCUGCCGUACACGUCUGCGCUGACGCUGCAGAUCGUACUGGUGGCGAGCAGCUUUCUGUUGAACGUGGCGCUCUUGCACGCCGAGCACCCGUGGUCGUUCUACUUUCCUUUCUGCCGGUUUUGGCAAAUGGCCACCGGCGGCCUCGUUGCAUUCCGCCAACGCCAGCAAGGCCACAAGACGAGGUAUCCCGGCGCACUCUCAGUCCUCGGGGCGGGUCUGCUGCUCGCGGGCUACGCGUUCUUGGACGAAACGAGCUUGUUUCCAGGUGUCGAUGCCCUUUUGCCAACGCUUGGCGCGGCCUGCCUCGUCGUCGCCGGCCCGUCCGCACUCGUCAAUACGUACGUCCUCAAUCAAGCGCCCGUCGUGUUUGUCGGCAAGAUCAGCUACGCCUUGUACCUCUGGCACUGGCCGCUUCUCGUUUUUGCAAAAGCCCGGUACACAGUCGACGUGUACCGCCCGUUCUACAUGCAGCCGUAUUUUCUGCUGCUGCUCGCGUUUGGUCUCAGCGUUGGGACCACGUACGGCGUCGAGAACGUCGUGCGCAAGCACCGGUCGCCACGCACCGUCCCUCUGCUUGCGCUGAGCAUGGCUCUCAUGGCCAUCCUUGGGCUGGUGGUGUCAUUGUACCCAGGAUUCUUUUCGGGCCCGGCCCGCCUCGCGGCGACGGCACCGGUGGCGACGGCGACGUCAUUCAUUGUUCUCGACGAUGAAGGACAGCCCAACAUUAGCCGCAUGCCACGGCGCGAGCCUCCGACGGUCGCCAAGCUCCUUGCAGCCGACGGCGACUGGGCCCCGAACGACGGGUACGCCCCGCUACCGCGCGGGUCCCAAUUCGGAGAGUACGAGUAUGCGUGGGUGCUCAACCCGGGCGACGACGACAACCUCGUCAUGGUCCUCGGCGACUCGCACGCCGAGAUGCUUCGCCCGCGCUUCAAGUUUCUGUACGACCUCGCACGACGCGCGGGCGACCCGUUUCCAACCAUUGUGUUUUUGGCGCAGGGCGCCCACCCGCCACUGCCGUGCGUCCGUGACCACGCUGGCCACGUGGAGAUUGUGCGCCGGAUGCAGCCCAAGGCACUGCUCUACUCGAGCGACUGGUCGCAGUUCCUUCGACCGAGUGGCGACGGGCUGCACGACGCGCCGCGUUGCUGCGCCGCGGGCUACCGAGACGAUUGCGCCUACCAGAGCUGGGGCGACGUAGCGACCCUGCUGAAAGCCUUUCAAGACGAAAUGACGCGCUUCCAAGACUUGGGCAUAAAUGUAUUUGCGUCCAGUUUGAACCCCGAAGGCCCUCGCUUUCACUACCGCAACAUGCUCGCGGGCGGCGACAUCCGUGCGAUAGCCCCCGUCCGUCUCUCGGCGUACCGCCAAGAGAAUGCCCGACUGCUGUCGCUGCUGGAAGGCGCGAUCCGCGGUGCGAACGCGACGAUCAUCGACUAUGCGCAGAACCAGUGCUACAACGACGUGUGCGAGGUCGUCUCGACGGCCCGCGGCGAGCCGAUUCUCAAGGACGACCACCACUACCGACCGUACUACGCCAAGUACUACCUCAGCGUGCUGGACCAAGUCGUCGACGCAGUGUACAACUAGACGAUACUUGAGUGUUUAUACCAUUAAAAUAUCGCA